AUGUCGAACUCUGCUGAGAAUAGCGUUAGGGGACGGACGUUGGCGACGACUACGACGAUGUAUCGGUAUGAGAAUGGGAGGACGUAUCAUGCUUAUCGGGAUGGCGAGUACUGGCAGCCGAACGAUGAGAAGCAGAACAAUCAUGAGGCUAUUGUCCAUCACCUCUGCAUCAUGACCCUCAAAGACCAACUCUACCUGGCACCCAUCGAAGACCCGAAAAGCAUCCUUGAUCUCGGAACCGGCACAGGCAUCUGGGCCACCGACAUAGCGGACAAAUUCCCCUCCGCCGACGUAAUAGGCACCGACCUCUCCCCCGUCCAACCAGGCAUGCAACCCGACAACUGCCGUUUCGAAAUCGACGACAUGUGCUCCGAAUGGACCUACCCCUUAUCCACCUUCGACUUCAUCCACAUCCGCGGCCUCUUCGGCUCCAUCACCGACUGGCCCGCCCUCUACAAACAAUGCCUCUCGCACCUGCAACCCGGCGGCUGGAUCGAGCAAGUCGAAUGGAGCAUCCACAACCGCUCCGCCGACGGCACGCUCUCCCCGGACGCGACGCUGGCGCGGUGGAGCCGCAAUGCGCUCGAGUGCGCGCACCGCACCGGCAAGACGUUUGAGAUUGCGGAGAAUAUGGCGGGACUCAUCCGCGAGGCCGGGUUUGAGGGGGUCGUGGAGAGGAGGUUCAAGUGGCCGAUUGGGCCUUGGAGUAGUGAUCUGACGUUGAAGGAGAUUGGGAGGUGGAAUUUGUUGAAUUGGGAGGAGGGGAUGGAGGGGUGGGUUAUGGCGCCUUAUACGAGGGUUUUGGGGUGGACGCCCGCCCAAGUCGCCGACUGGCUCAAGGAGAUUCGACGGGCGCUGAGGGAUCGGAAGAGGCAUGUUUAUCAUGAGGUACGACUCGUCUACGCCCGGAAACCACUGGAAUCUUGA